AGUGCUGACAAGGUAGAUAACUCUAAAAUAAACAUGGCGUUAUCUUCACCUCUACCAACAUUUUUUUGCCGACCAAACAGACAAUUAUAUUCAAGACUCUGUUUAACUAUUUUUCCUGCACUAAAUAGAAAAGUUACAACAAUUAGUAGUGACUUAGUAAAUGGAGGAAAUCAAUCAGUUACUAAAUCAGACAACCAACCAUCAGCUAAAGCAAUAACAAUAAGUCGUUCUAUGAAAGCUUAUAUGGAAAAAGUGAAAAAACAUGAUGAACUUAUGAAAACAGAAGUAGCAGACUAUGAAAUUGGUAAGCGACAUCUAGCAAACAUCAUGGGAGCAGAUCCAGACACUUUUACUCAAGAGGAUGUUGAUAGAGCUAUAGAAUAUCUGCUGCCCAAUGGAUUAUUUGAUAAAAAAGCUCGCCCAAUGCUUAAAAAUCCAUAUGAAAUUUAUCCAAAAAGAAAAGCUGCGGAGUUUACUUUUGAAGGACGACCAUUCCACUGGCUUUAUUUCACAACAUCACCUAACUACUAUAAUAUACUUUAUGAUAUUACAUGGAAGCUGGAAGGCUUGAAAACUCUAGAAGACCAACUCUACAAUGCAAAAAAAGAUAUUAGUUCCGAAAGCAAACCAUUAAAUAUUGCUAGUAGUGAAUGGAUCACCUUUGACCAACUCAAAAAUAAAGUUUUGGAAAAAAUACAAGAAAAAGAUUAUCAGCAUUUUAUUGUGAUGAUGGAGAGACUGGCAUCACAUCCUCUGGCUUCCAAAGAGGAAGAAUUCAUAAUGCAGUACAGAAACAAGCUACAUCUGGCCUCUGCUGCCUUGAUAGCUCCUCCUGUAGAGACUGACGCAGAUGGUAGAAGUUUUUCUUGGGCUGAAGGGAGAAGAAAAGAUUCUUGGGCUCAAGUUAAAGUUUACAAGCCUGGUACUGGUCAAGUCACCAUCAAUGAGAAAGAUCUAAGCUAUUUUUCCAAUUUGUUAUAUAGGGAGACCCUGUUAUUUCCACUAAGUGUAACCGGACUGCUUGGUCAGGUGGAUAUAGUAGCAGAUGCUAAGUAUGGUGGUCCCACUGGUCAGGCCGGGGCUAUUAGGUUUGCUCUGUCACAAGCCUUGUGUGCUUUUGUAUCUGAUGAUAUCAAAGAACAGUUGCGUCUUUCCGGUAUGUUAACCAGAGAUCCUAGAAAAAGAGAAAGAAAGAAACCAGGUCAAGAGGGAGCCAGAAAAAAAUUCACAUGGAAAAAGAGAUAAGUUUUUAUUUCAAGCAACUUUCACAAGGCAGUUACAGAAAUGUCACCUUUUUUGUAUAAAUUUUUUGUUUUUUAUAAUGCCAUUAAAGAUUUAUUGAUGCUUGAUCAAUUCAAA